CUCUAGUCUAUGGACUAUGAUCAGAAUUUAGAUUAUCAGAACAUUAGCAGCUGUUAAGUACAUAAGUGCUAUUUAACAAUUCAACUAUGUAUUAUACACUAUACUAAUUAAUACUAUACACGGUAAUGCUGUAUAAAUCACGGGAAUGAAUUAUAAUAAAUGUUAUAUUUGAUUUAGUAUAAUAGUACUAUUAUAUAUUGUGUCUUUUUAAACUUAAGCAAUUAUUUCAACUUCCUGUAUAGUUUGUAUAUAGUUUGAUUACGAUAAACGGAUAAAAGUUUUUUAUUAAAACUGAUAAAAUUAAAUACUACGUUUGAAAUAUCUAACUACUGAAUGUGUCUACGAUAUUAAAACUUGAAUUUAAAUUAUUGAUGAUUAAAAGUGACAAUUAAUUUUCUUUAAUCUUCGCAAAUUUUUAGUUUGUGUAGUAACUGUAUUAUAGUAAAAUGAGUUUUCAUAGUAAAAUAGUAUUGAUUACUGGUGCCAGUUCAGGAAUUGGCGCAGCAACUGCAAUACAUUUUUCCAAAUUGGGAGCAAAACUAGCACUUACUGGACGCAAUCUUAUCAACCUACAGAAUGUAGCUGAUCAAUGUGAAAAAAGUUGUUCACUAAAACCACUUGUGGUUACUGGAGAUCUGACAAAUGAAGAUGAUACUAAAAGAAUUUUGGAUUAUACUAUAUCUCAUUAUAACCAACUGGACGUUUUAGUAAAUAAUGCAGGCAUUUUAGAAAAUGGAUCUAUUGAGUCUACAUCUCUUGAUCAGUAUGAUCGGGUUAUGAAUGCGAAUGUAAGAUCCAUUUAUCAUUUGACCAUGUUGGCUGUUCCACACUUGGUGAAGACUAAAGGUAAUAUAGUUAAUGUAUCUAGUGUAAAUGGAACCAGAUCGUUCCCUAAUGUAUUGGCAUACUGUAUGUCAAAAGCUGCAGUGGAUCAAUUUACUAGAUGUGUGGCAUUGGAAUUGGCACCAAAAGGAGUUCGUGUCAACAGUGUAAACCCAGGAGUUGUAGUUACAAAUCUUUUAACAAGACAAGGAAUGAGUCAAGAAGAUUAUUCAACAUUUUUAGAAAAAACCAAGUUCACACACGCGUUAGGAAGACCAGGCACUGUUGAAGAAGUUGCUAAAGCAAUUGCAUUUUUAGCUAGUGAUGAUGCUAGUUUUACGACAGGCGAUUCAGUUUUUAUUGAUGGAGGAAGACACGCUAUGUGCCCAAGAUAAAAUAUUUACUUAUGAGUUAUGAUAUGAUUAAAUGGCAAUUUUUUUUUUUGUCUGUAUAUUUUAUACCUA